UGAACUGAAUCAAAUUAAGUACAAAACGGGAUUAGUAGUGUAAAAUAAACAGGAUAAACAAGUAAAUUGCUACCAAUAUCAGUGGAGAAACGCCUUUUUGGCCUGGAUUAUGGACUUUAAGGAAUAUCGUCAACGGGGCAAGGAGAUGGUCGACUACAUAGCCGAUUAUCUGGAGAAUAUACGUGAACGUCGUGUCUUUCCCGAUGUAAGUCCGGGUUAUAUGCGUCAACUGUUGCCCGAAUCGGCACCAGUUGAGGGUGAACCAUGGCCAAAGAUUUUCAGUGAUGUGGAAAAGAUUGUGAUGCCUGGCAUAACGCAUUGGCAAUCGCCCCAUAUGCAUGGCUAUUUUCCAGCCCUCAAUUCAAUGCCUUCACUGCUGGGUGAUAUGUUGGCCGAUGCCAUCAAUUGCAUUGGAUUCACUUGGGCCAGUUCGCCAGCUUGUACAGAACUGGAGAUCAUAGUGAUGAAUUGGUUGGGCAAAAUGAUUGGUCUACCAGAUGAAUUUCUCCAUCUCAGCAAUAGCAGCAAGGGCGGCGGGGUCCUGCAGACGACCGCAAGUGAGGCCACAUUGGUUUGUCUUCUGGCUGGCAGGACGAAAGCCAUACAACGUUUCCAUGAGCGUCAUCAUGGGUUUCAGGAUGCCGAGAUUAAUGCCCGAUUGGUGGCCUAUUGCUCGGAUCAGGCUCAUUCGAGCGUGGAGAAGGCAGCUCUGAUUGGACUCGUGCGUAUGCGUUAUAUUGAGGCCGACGAGCAUCUCUCAAUGCGCGGCAAACUGUUGCGCGAGGCCAUCGAGGAUGACAUUAAGCAGGGCCUGGUACCCUUCUGGGUUUGCGCCACUCUCGGCACCACGGGCAGCUGCAGCUUUGAUAAUCUAGAAGAGAUUGGCAUAGUCUGUCGGGAUCAUAAUCUUUGGCUACAUGUGGAUGCUGCCUAUGCUGGCAGUGCUUUCAUUUGUCCCGAAUUUCGGACUUGGUUGCGUGGCAUUGAGCGUGCCGAUUCCAUAGCCUUCAAUCCAUCCAAAUGGCUAAUGGUUCAUUUCGAUGCCACAGCAUUGUGGGUGCGGGAUAGCACAGCGGUGCAUCGGACAUUCAAUGUGGAGCCACUCUAUUUGCAGCACGAGAACUCUGGCGUGGCUGUUGAUUUUAUGCACUGGCAAAUUCCACUGAGUCGUCGUUUUCGGGCAUUGAAGGUUUGGUUUGUCCUACGCAACUAUGGCAUCAAAGGGCUGCAACGUCACAUACGCGAAGGUGUCCGUUUGGCCCAGAAAUUCGAGGCUCUUGUCCUGGCCGAUCAUCGUUUCGAGUUGCCGGCCAAGAGGCAUUUGGGUCUGGUUUGUUUUCGCAUACGGGGGGAUAAUGAGCUCACCGAGAGAUUGUUGAAACGUCUGAAUCAUCGAGGCAAAUUGCAUUGUAUACCCUCAUCUUUGAAGGGACAAUAUGUCAUACGAUUUACCAUCACUUCCACUCACACCACCGUCGAUGAUAUUGUUAAGGAUUGGAUGGAAAUACGUCAGGUGACCACCAUGGUGCUGGAGGAGAUGAAUAUAACCAUAUCGAAUCGUGUCUAUCUCAAGGAUACAAAGGAGAAGAGCGAAGCCUUUGGUUCCAGUCUUCUGCUAUCAAAUUCGCCGCUGUCACCCAAAGUGGUAAAUGGAUCAUUUGCAGCCAUUUUCGAUGCAGAUGAGUUUCUGGCCAAAACCUAUGCUGGAAUACGAAUAGCGCAUCAGGAAUCACCGUCAAUGCGACGUCGUGUACGCGGCAUUUUGAUGUCGGGCAAACAGUUCUCCCUGGAUUCCCACAUGGAUGUUGUAGUACAGACCACUCUGGAUGCCAGCAGUUGUGAGGUGACUGCGAAUUCUGUUGACUCCUAUGGCAAGACCACUAUAGGCGGUGGAGGACCGCCGGGUCAACAGGCCAGCAUACGGGAAGAUAAUGAAGAAGCGGUUGCUGCUGCGGAAGAAACUGAAGUUGUGCAACUUUGCCAAACACCCAUCAAUCAUUUUCGACCCAUUACCCUGUACACUAACACUACGACAACAACUAGUCCACACAAUUACUGUCCCACUUCCAAUUGUUCACCCAAAAAUCGCGAUAUUACCAUAUCCGUGAAUAGUUUAUUUACUCCAGUGACGCAUUGUGUUGUUUAUCAUGGGAAACGUUUUCUGGAGCCUGUCAAUAGUCUCAUCGAGAAUAGUUCCUUCAGCAGCAGCGUUUUUCAUCAGGCCACGCCGAUUACAACGCCCACGGAACGAGAAGAGGACUACGAUUGGCCAGCUAGGACAUUUAAUCAACUUCUAAUGGAACGCUAUUCCAAUUCAUCGACAGAGAGCAGUAGCUUAAGUUAUCCUAGUGCAACUGGCGGCCAAUUGGAUGUCGCAACACCAACACCAAGUCUCAAUGAUGAUGAUUUGGCUUCGCCAUUGUUGAAAUCUUUCGAAUCACUGCAGUCUGCCCGAGAUUUGUCCGGGCCAAGUCAAUCGGAUGAUGCCACCAUAUGCUCGGCGGCUUCGUCACUUGAAUCACUGGAAUGAUGUAGACAUAUUGAAUCCAAAAAGAGAGAAAAUUCACUGCUGUGCAAUCAAUAAAUAAUAAGUAAUCUCCUACAUACGUAAUUGUAUACAAAUAUGUAUCUAUGAAUCAAGCAAUCUAUAUAUCUAUGUAAUAUAUACUUAAUGCAAAGUGAGACGAUAC